CUCUCUCUCUCUGAAGAAACCUUAACGACCCUCGUUUGCUGUUUUCUUCAUUUUUUUCUGGGUAAAAGCCCCUGUUCGACGGUUUCUGCUCAAAGCCCUCAAAGCCCAAUAAAUCUCUCAUGGCCUCGGCUUUAGUCUCUACUAGUUCUACUUUUUACAGGCCCUCAUGUAUAAACUCAGCAAUGUUCAGACUGCAAUUGCAGAACAAUUUGAAACCGUUUCAGAAGAAAACUUGGAGUCAGGACUGGCAGCAGCUCACUGUGAUCAGGAGGGAUAAGGUUGGAAUUAUUAAAAUCCCCAAAGCUAUGAACCCUUCAGGUAGCAAGGAUGUGAACGGAGAGAAUGUAAUUGAAGACACAGAUGACAUGCUCGAUGAACUGCUUGAGAAAUAUGGGAAGGUAGUUUAUAGAAGUAAGGAUAAUAAGUCCCCUAGUGCAGAGGCUGAUGAUGAUGCUGAAAGCUUGUCAUUUGCUGUGGCUCUGGCAAAGGUUGCUAGUGAGGUGAAGGCUGCAGACAUCUGUGUCCUCUUUGUGAAGCCUCUGGUAUAUUGGACUCGAUUUUUUAUUAUUGCCACAGCUUUUUCACGUCCUCAGAUCGAUGCCAUUGCGUCUAAAAUAAGAGAUCUAGCUGAGAAACAAUUCAGAAAAGUUCCAUCUGGUGACACUAAACCCAACUCAUGGACCUUGUUGGAUUUUGGUGAUGUAGUUGUCCACAUAUUUCUUCCUCCACAACGUGCUUUAUACAAUUUGGAAGAAUUCUAUGGAAAUGCAACAUCCAUUGAGCUGCCUUUCGAAAAUCAAUCAUCAAUUCGCAGUUAAAGGAUUUCAAUUACUUCUCAAGAUAUCUCAGUUCUGAUGAUUCAGAUUAAUUACUACCUCCAGCAGGUACAUUCUGCAUUUUGACAUGAU